AACGUAAAUAAUGGGCUCCGGUGUGUUUUAGCAGCGGCGAAUUGUAUAUCUCGCGCGCGCAAGUUGUAGAGGUUUUUGUAUUAGGGCCACUUGUUUACUGUUUAUUUUACAGCACCGAGUGCUCAGACUGUGACUACUGCAACUGCGAUGAGAAACGUUACUUGACUCCAGCACAAUAUUUGCUCGCAAACCCCACGGUUGCUGGUGUCUGUGAUGUUCUGCUAUGAGCUUGAGGCGAAUUUUUCCAUUUUCGCAAGACGACAUCCAAUCGAGGGUGUGUCUCGACUCCGCGCAAACGUUCGUGCUGGGCGACGAUUCCACAUGCCUGAACUCCUUGGCCCUGCAGCUUGCCGUUACAUCAGCAGAAGCUGGCGAGUAUGUGGCCAUAGUUGGCUGCAGUGCGAUCGAGACGGUUUUCCACGUUCACGGCAUGCCUGCGUUUAGUGAAGACAUGGUUGACUUCAUACGCCCAAGGUUCAUGGGCGACCUCAAGUCUCUGUUCAACUACCUCACCAAGUUCCAGCAGCUCCCUGUGCAUCCCAACGUCCUCAUACUGCAUGGACUUGAGGCGUACAUACAGGAAACCUCGGAGGAAGAAAAUGGGGACCAGACCAUUGCACGCCUGUUCGCACUGGCGCAGGAUGCUGCAAAUUUUGCCACCUCAAAGAAUCGCCAAACGUGCCAUCUGCUUGUGACUUGUUGCGAUUCCGCAUCCAAGGGUCACGUAUGCCCCAGUUACGUAAGCCUACCUUUCUUCCCACUUCCUUGGCGCUGCAGCAAGCUGGAAGACGGCCGCUUCACUCUCCAACUGGAUGGCCGUCUUCCAACAACUGUCCUCUUUGGUCUGUCCAAGAGGGAGCUCUGCUUACAAAGAGUGGACUGCUGUUGAUAGCAAUGUGUACUAUCUUUGUUCUGAGCAAGUUCACAAUGCUAUUCAUUGGUGCAACAGAAUGAAUGAGGAAUUCAGUUCUGAUCAAGGUGGAGGGGUGUUUCACUCUCUAUCAAAAUGGCUGCCUUCCGUCAGAUGCCUGCUUCAGUCUAGAGAGUUCUGCUUGCACAGAAUAUAUGGUUCCUAACAGUGCUGUCUACAAUAUCAGUUUGCUAGGUUUCUGUGCUAUGUAGUGUUGCAAUUUAAUGAAUGUGCAAUUGAGUCUUGUUCAAGAUGGACGAUGGCUUCUUAGCUCUCUAUCAAAAUGGCUGCCUUGCGACAGGCAGCUGCUUCAGUCUGUCUCAGAGGGAAUGCUGCUUGCAGAGAGUGGACAGCACUUAAUAGUGCUGUCUACUUUCUAUUACAGUGCUGUACAUAGAUGCAAAAAAUAAUGGAAUAUGAAAUUCAGUUAUCACUAGAUGAGGGGUGGCUGCUUAACUCUCUUUCAAGAUGUCUGCUUUCUGCAGCCAUAAACUUGAGUCUGUACAGGGGGAAGUUCUGCUUGCAUAGAGUGGACUGCUCUGGGUGGUGCUGUCCGUUAAUAUAUGAUUUAUAAUAUGUUGUGGUGUUAAACAGUGGUUCCACAGAAUGAAAGUGGAAAUUUUGUCUUCAUCAGGAUGUCUUCAUCAACAACUUCAUCUAAGAGAAAGUUCUUGGAGAGUGUAGACUCCUCUUUAUGGUGCUGUCUCUAGUCUCUGGUUUUUGUUAUGUCACAGUGUUACUUAGUCGUGCUAAAGAGUCAAUGUGAAAUUUUGUCUUCAUCGAGGUGGAGGAUGGCCACUUCACUCUCUCUCUUGAGGUGGCUACCUUCCAACGACCCUCCGCAUCAGUCUGGCCAGAAGGAAAUUCUGUCUGUGCAUAGUUUCUGGUGAUACUAUCUAGAAUCUCUGGCCUGUUUAGGUUGCAGUGUUAUGCAAUAGUGCAGCAAAAUUAUGUGUGAAAGUCAGUCUCCAUCACCAUGGCAGUGUGUGAGGUACUCCCAGUUUAUUAGACAUCUUCUUAAUGAGCAAAACACUAUGAGCAUAAAAAAAUUCAGUAUUCAUGGUUUCUCUUAUUUCAUAAUGCAAUUUGCUUCCCUUCUUUGUGACACUGCGUUUGAUCCCUGGACACCUGUUUUGUUCUUUAUCGAGAUAGUUCUUUAUGUUCUUUAUCAGAUAUCAGAUGUUUAUCAGAUAAAGAUGUUCUCUAUCAAGAUAGUUGCCUUCCAACGAGCAUCUGCUUCUGUCUUUCCAAAAAGAAGCUAUGCCUCUAAAGAGCUGACUGCAUUUGAUGGUGCUCUCCGUGAUCUCUGGUUUGUGUUAAAGCAUAAUGUUAUGUUCCAUGCAGUAAUGCAACAGAAUAAAUUGGAUUUGUCUGCUGCAAUAGUCUUAGUUUGCCUGUUUGCACAGGUACUGGCAGAGUAUCCGCACAUAAUUAAGUGUGUCUUACUUCAUUUCUAUAAUGUGUUUGCUGUGAAAAAGGCAAACAUGUUUGUUCAUAGUGGAGAGCAAAUGCAUGCAGGUAAAGUUUUUUUCAAAGUGUCUUGAAGCCACUGCAAGAGGCCUUGUAUGUACUGUAUAUGGCUAGUCGUCAUAAAAGUAUACUUUAGAAGAAUAGCUAAUGUAUACAGUUGUACUGCCUUGCUUAUUUGUCUGUAUGCUCGGUUCUUCAUUUGGCUUGCAUGUCUCACAUUUAUUCUCUACAAGAAAAUGGAGUACCUUCAUUUAAACAGGGAAUUUAUUUUGAAUUAC